ACAGAUUUAAGUUUGAAGGCAUUUCUAUUUCGAAAAAAUGGUUCUCCAAACUGAACGUUACCCUGGUGGCUACCAGCAGCAAAGCUAUAAUGCAUACCAAGGGCCUAAUGGCAACUACAGCAGUUUUCAAGGCAUAACCACAGAGAACUCACCCCCAUACUCCACUUACCCUCAAGUGUCAAAUUACCCAUCACCCCAUGCUCCCCAAAACCAAUUUGGUCGGCCCAGCGGUGAUGACUACUAUGGCAAUGGAGCCUACCCUGGGAGUGGUGCAAGGCCCACCACCGGUGGAUAUGGAAGUUCUUACUAUGACAAUUCGCAUGGGAGCCCACACGGUCAUGGCCAUGGGAACCCACACGGUCAUGGACAUGGGAGCCCACACGGUCAUAGCCAUGGAAGCCCACAUGGUCAGGGCCAUGGGAGCCAACAUGGCUAUGGAAGUGGUGCAAACCAUUUUGACAAGCCAACACACGGKCAUAACGGCUAUGGAGGUGGUGCUACGAACCAUUUUGACAAGCCGACACAYGGGCAUAACGGSUAUGGAAGUGGUAUCCCAAACUAUGGUUACAGUCAGAGUGGCAUGAAUCAUGGUUACCAGAAGCCAUCUUGGAUUCUGAAGGGGCUAGAUGAUGAGGAAUGAAAAUCUAAGAAGCAAACUACAAUAUUAUCACAAAGAAGUGUAUGCUUGGCAGUAGCUCAAGUUACCCCUCUAAAUAAUGUGUGUUUUCUAUCUACUACCUACAUAUGCAUAAGCAGUGAAUAAUGGAUGUCAAUUACUGCUUUCUUUAUGUAAUUUUAUGAAAAUACAAUUAGUGUUGCAACUAUUUUAGUUCAAAAGUGC